AUGUGGCCGACGACCUGGAUAUCUAUGGAUCAUGUUCCCAAGUUGGCCAGCUACUGGUCGAUCUUCUGUACACUACGCAAGGCCCUGAUAUCCUGGCGACCGACUCUCCCAGAGAGCACCACAUGCAUGGAAGGGCCGUGGCUGUGUAUGCGCCGGUCCAUCGUCUUCAAAGCCAGCCUCUUCAGCCGCCACGAGAGCUACGUUGCUCGCUGUGUCGGGGCGCUACCACACAAAUGGGCCCCGCAGGAUUUGCAACUUGUUCAACCGCUUCCUCAGAAGCAGCCUCUCGGCUGCCUCCUUCCCUCGGUGUCACAGUCGGAGGCGGAUCACAUCAAUACUCGACUGGCACGAUAUGCCUACACAGCUUGUCGGUGUCACUUCAAGGCACAUGGUGAGGGCUUUAUUGUUACAAAGUUGGAAGAAGUCGACGCCCAGGCCGACGCAACGUGGAUGGGGAGGGUGACAAAAGCCCGAAGCGAAUUGGAUAAGUUGGAUAGUCCAGAGUUGCGAUUGAUCCUCGGCGACAGCGAUUACAGCCGCAUCCGAGGCUUAAAAAUCGAUCUGGUCCCCAAGCCUGUCCCUAUCGAGAGCCGUCCCCAAGACCCCGAUCUCGACCCGGACAGCCACGUUGUCCGGUUCUACACCUCAGUUGCUCGGAGGGGACUUCUCCGGGGCAUCUGCCAGUCGUCUCGGACACCCCUCAUUCUUAGGGCACACACCAACGCCUUCCUGCUGCACGCCGGCCAAUGUACCGGCCCCAACCUGCCCCAGGGACGGGGCGUCCCCAGGGUGCCAUUUCCGACGCCAGCCACAACACCAUCCACAACACUGCCUCCCAUUUCUACAACGGCCGCCGGUUAUUGUUUGUUCGCCGAGGAGGUGGGCGCGCGACUACGCGAACUGAGCUUCUUCUCAACACCCCAAUCGAUACAGGCUGCCAUCACGAAGCGGUGGGGACUUAUGAGCCAAGAGAAGCGGCAGCGCUACACUGCGAGGGCCGUCAAGCGCAUGCAGUCGGUGAACGCAACGCCAGUCACGGCAGCUGUUUCCCUGGCUCCGCGCCAAGGCCAGAUACUUGCCACUCCAACAGCCUCAACAUGUGGAACAUCGCCUCCCGCUCGGUUGCCGCAGAUCCAAGCGCCACCCAUUUCCGCGACGUGGCGGGGAAACAGGUCCAGGAAAGCACGACCGGCUACCUCGACGUCGACACCGCGAGCAGCAGUAGGCGCGCUGUCGUCGUCGCCAUCUCCGUGCGUUAUGGGUCCCGUCUCCGCCAGUCUACUUAACUCGGCUCGCGCGCCACUGGCACGCUGGGGGGACCCCAAAAUCAAGACCGAGGCUGUGCCUCCAGCCGCUUCGGGGGGUGUCAGCCGUAAGGUGGGGGAGGUCAUCGACCUGACAGGCGACUCUGACUGAUGCCGCCCUAGCCUUGUUGGAUAUUUUGUUUGGGAUAUGGCAUACCGCUGUGCAUGUUGUACAUAUCGAUGAUGGCUGUGUUCUCGAUACCCCACGUUUGUCUUGCGAAUCUUGUGGUAUUCAACCCCUGCUGUUCCUCAUGUAGGCCUGCCUCCGGUGCGUUACAC